UUAUAUCAUGCCAAAUCCUUCGGCAUAGUUAAUAGCUUUUGACAGUCGUUCUUCAAGUUUUUCUUGAGAACUAUACUCGGGUAACAAUAGCACAUUAAAACAGGUGUGUGCAGUGGGCAGCCUAUCAAAAAAAAAAAUCGUUUAAAUCUUACGGAAGACAUGAGAACUAUAAAACAAUCAAAUUUUAGUUAAAUACACACCUAUCAGAGUCUGAACCGUUUCUAGUAAUAGUCAGUUUCAAUUUACCCAAACCACCAACAGGAACUCGAUCACUACCCGUCGUGAACUGAAGUAAUUUUUGCUGAGAGGCUCUAGGAAGAGAAUGGGCGAAUUUCCAAAAAUAUCUGAUUACUUCUGUGCUUUUACGAUAACCACCCUCAUAGAGUGUAGUUUCUUCCAAAUCGCACAUGUCAAAUAUCUAGAGAGAAUAAAAAGUCCGUGACAAUUAUAUCUUAUAACUGUAAAAUUGUAUGGGAUCUUACUUUACUGCCGCAUACUAUUUGUUCAAGUUCUUCAGGCCAAAAUAAAUAUUGCAUUGGAGAUUCUUCCAUAACAUUUUGGAAGCCCCGAUUGAAUGCAUUAAACUGUGAUCCAAUUGAUUCAUUUAAUAAAAAGUCUGCAUAUUUAUCUACAAAUUCCUAACAGACAUGAAAAAUAUAUAAAUUUAAAAAAUAAAUACAUAGUUCAGGUUCGAUGGGUCAGGUUCCUCACCCUCUUAUUCAUAUGAUUUACAGUAAUUUGGUCUCCGUUGUCUAUGAGAUCAUGAUAUACAAUUUCACCAAAUGUAUCUUUAUAGCAAAUCCUAAAAGUCUGCAUAAACAUUUCUUCAAUGUCAUCUUCUUCGUAGUCUAAUAAAUUUUUUAAGCCAUUAUACAAUUCCUGUACAUGUAAAAAAAAUUAUAUAUAUAUACACAUAUAUGUCUAAUAUUUUUGUAUAAGACAAUUUGACAAGUCCAUACCAAAUUCCAAUCUUGUAAAUCAUUGAAUGUACACCGUUUCCCCAAUAAUUUACGAUAAACAACCAUUGGGAAGUUAAUGUUCAGUAUGACGUUGUUAUAAAUUGCUAAGCCGACUAUAAGGCCGAUUAAAGAAUAUUGUGCAGCAGUCUCAAAUGAAAAUGAGUUAAACCAAGAAGUGGGGUUUCCACUAUCAGAAUUCAUUAUUACAAACAUUCCUAAUGCAAUAAAAAAAAAACAAAAAAAAUGAAAAAAAAAAAAACUUGAAAAUUAUUCAAACAAAUAUUAACCAUAGUCCGGCUUGAAUAAUUCCUCAACAAUAAGGUGGAAGAAUUCUUUGGACACUCCACCCUCAUCGACACCUUGCUCACCAUCAAAUUCAACUGCCAAUUGUUUUUUGAGAUCUGAAGGAUUUUGUAGGGCAACCAUUUCAAGCUUAAAAAAAAAAAGAAAAAAAAAUUAAAAAAGGAGAUUGAAAGAUAAAUGUGUGAUUGAUAGUAUUUACUUCAACUAAAGCGUCCUGGACCACAAAUUCUCUUCUCACUUUAAGUUUUAAGUAAGGAUGUGUAGGUUGGCCUAUUAAUGUUUGUAUAAGACAAAAUCGUCUAUUUUCAUACAUCCGUAUCCGAUUAUCAUAGUAAAGCCCAAGAGUUUUGGUAGAAGGAGUAAGUAUGAAAGAAUGAGACAUAAAUGAGAAUUUAUCAAUGCUAUUUUCUCUCCAUAUCUGGUAAUCGUCAUCCAUUUCAAGAGCAUCACUCAAUAACUCGUUAUAAAAUUUUGAUAUAGGUAUUAAAGGGGUGCGGCAAGCUAAAAUAUUAAUCUAAAGCAAAUGUUCUCAUUAGGAAAAACCUAUAUGUAAUGUAUAUAUUUUGUUUUUAUAUUAUCUAUACUUACACCCAAAAUUUCAGCUAAAGGAUCAGUUUUGAUUAUUUUAUUCUUUGGGUUUGAAUUAAUGAGAAUAUCUUCAAGUAAAUUUUCAUCUUCGAUGUUUUCAGUUUUCUUUUCUGAUUUUUCGGGCGGUUUUGUUACUUCCAAAUCAGUAAUAUUCUGGUCACAUUCACCAGCCAUAAUACUUGCAUAGUAUAGAAUCUAUAAAAUCACAAAAAAUAUUACAUGGACAUUUUGUAAUAGUCAAAAUUUAAAGUCAAGUGACUUUUUAUUAUUUAUUAUACAGGUUAACUUUUAAUCAUGGUCACCGCAUUUUUAUGUUUAAAUUAUACAUGUAUCCAAAUACUGUUUUUUUAAAAAAAUUUUAAGUGUAGUUAAAAACAAUAUUUUUAAAUCCAUAGAUUUUCCAAAUAACAACCUACAUCUUUUAAGAUAAAUUGUAAAUUAGAUGAUUUUUCUCAAAAUAUUGUCUGAUUUUAAUUGAAGUUUGAACAAAAGGUUUUUGAAUAAUUUUACAUGAAAUACCAAGGAUAAUAUUACAUACUUUAAACUAUUAAAUGUCUUACUAAAUAAGUUUAGGUUGAUACUUUGACCACAAAGACUUAUCAAUGAAUCCCGUGUAAAAUUUUCAAGCAUUUCUGUUUGGUCUAAUAAUUUUAUCCAGAGUACCUACUGAAUAAAAAUUAUGUAAGAAACAUCUAAAAUUAAAAUCAAAAAUCGCUAAAAUGUUUUGAAAAUUUUGUUAAGUUUUCUGUCCAAAUUUCAUGUCUGAAUAAUGUUAACUGAAAAAAAUAAAUUUUGUAAAUGUUCCUAAUUAUUUUGGAAAAUCAAAAAAUGACCUAAUGUACCCCACCCAGAUAAAAUUUCAUUUUGGAAGAUGCUACACUUGAAAAUCUGAGCAAGAUUUCUGUUAAAAGUUGUUCACAAAUAAAAAAAUAAAAUAAUAAUAACAAUAACAAUUAUUUUAAAACCAAUAAAUUUCUCACUUUGCUUAGAAUCUAAAAUUGCAUGUGUAAUAUUGACAUUUUUAAAAUAUAUGAUUCUAAGCGCAUUUACACAUGCAAUUUUGUUUUACCUUCAUAGUUUUUGUAGCAGAUGCAACAGCAGUCUCAUCUUGAAAAGUUGAAUCAUAUUCAGUGGAAAUAAGCUGAAACGUAAUAGUCUCUUGAAGACAAUGUAAUAUCCGACGCAAUGUGUUUUCGGAAGACAUUUCACACCAGAAUUUGGCAAGUUUUGCUUGUUCAGUAACAGGAAGUACACAGGUGGCUGCUACUAAUCUGGGAACAACACGUUCCACAAAUACCAAGUCGUCUAACCAUGGCAUUUCAUAAACAAUUUUUAAUGAAUGUAACACUUCUUCUAAAUAUUUGUUACUGAUUGGAAAUGAUUUAGACUUGAAAAAAUGUAAUUCUACAGUAAUUUUAGCUAAAAAUAAAUAUGAACAUUGAUUAUUGAAAUAAUAAUAUAUUUAAAAAAUGUAUAGUGACGAUACUGACCACAUAAGGAACCAAUGGCUAUACACAGAACAUCUUUAAAGUUCCCCUCAUUAUUGGUGGAACUCAUUUGUUUAUAUGCUCGAGCUAAUCCCGCCACAUCCAAUUGUUUCUCAAAAUUGUCUUCGUCUAACUCAAAAUUAACUAUAACUGUCUCAAAAUUCUUAUUGUUUACUUCACCAUUUGUAUUAACUGUUUCACCAUUUGUAUUAACUGUUUCACCAUUCAUAUUGAUUACUUCAAAACACGAAUGGUCUGUUCCACAGUUCUGUUCUUCUACUACAACUUCUUCAUUCAUACAGUCAUCAGAUGUUUCUUUUUCAACUUCCAUUUCAUGUACCUGUUAAAAAAAUGUCCAAAUUAAUAUUAUGAAUAAUUUUUGAGUGCUAAAAAGUGCUUACUUUUUCUUUGGUACCCGGGGAUGCAGUUUUGACAUCAUUAACAAGCUUAAGUACGUCUUUUUUGCAUUCUUCAGAGUGUCUUAUAAAACUAUUACCCAAUGCUUCUGGUGAAGAGAAUACUUGAUACAAAGCACAUAAUAGUUGAUUGUUAUCUUUCUGUGGACCUUUACAUAGGUUAACCAAUUCAAUCACGUUGGCUUCAUUAAGAUACUUAAUACCUGUUAACAUUAAAAUACUCUGGUUUGUUACGUUCUUAACACACGUCAUUUUAUUACAUAUACAUUAUAUUAACCGAAUUAAAUUUCAUGAACAGGCACAACAUAAUAGUAAAAACAUGGAUAGGAUAGAUUAUCUUCACAAAAGUAGAAUUUAAGACAAAGCACAUACAAAGAAACACAUAAUAUUUGCUUGGUGCCAAAAUUUGUAAAAUAACACAAUAAAUAACUGAUACGCAUGUGUUGGAUUAGUGCCAAGUGGUGAAAGGACCUUCAAUAUUUAUAAACAAAUCACAUUAUGUGUACCUACUUUGUCUAUGUAUAAAAACUAUUUUAUAAAAACAAACUAAUAUUUAUAAUGUUAAUAAUUUAAAGUAAUAGAAUAUUGGUCGAUUAGAUUUUUCUUUAAAAAAUUAAUUAUGGAAUUAAAAUUUAAUGAUUAAUAGUAAGAAAUAUCAUGAUAAUAUGACUACAACACGCGGUUUUAUAAUAUCAUAAUAAUUUGACAUUGUGCCAGCCUAUGCUAUUAAAAGACUGUCUGUUGACCUUUUGCGUAGUAUUUAUUAGAAAUUUUUAUUUAUUUUUUCUAUAUGAUUUUCAUAAAAACACGAAUUAAAUAAAAUUAGAAUAAACAUUGACCUAAUUAUUCAUAUAAAAAUCAAAAUCAAGUUCGAAAUAUUUUUUAAAGACCAGACUCUACGUUUACAAUGUAAAAAUAUUAUCUUAAAUACAGCGUUUUACUAUAUUUGUUUCCAGUAAAUAUAUUUUUUUUUUUUUACAGGGUUAUUAUAAGAUGAAAUUUUUUUUUAUCAUUUAUCUUAUUUUUAAAACAAUAUCAUUUUUAGAUUUUCAAAUAGAAAUUUAAAAUGUAAACUCACAAAUAAAAUAGUAUAUUUAAAAUUUUGUUAUUUUGGAUUAAUGGUUUUUUUUUAAAUUUUAAAACUUUAAAAAGUUUAGUUAUAAAUAAUUUUUCCAGCAUUUGAUUAAACUAUAAGUGCAUAUUAAAAUGUUUAUGAAACAUGUUUGUAAUAUUUUUAAAAUUUGAAUUGUUUAUACAAAACAGGUAAUAAAAAUGUGCUUGUAAAAAUAAUUAAAAUAAAAAUAAUAGGAUAGGUAUGGUUAAAAUUACUGAUAGACAAACACAGGGAAAUGUCAUACUAUAUAACUAUAAUUACGUACCUAAAGAAUUAUUUAAUUUUAAAUUAACAAAAUAUAAUUAAAUUACCAGUUUCAAAACACGCAACAUGUUCUAAAGGCUUUUUCAUCUUCAUAGUAUCCAUUAGGCCCAUGUUCAUGUCUCGUAAUUCAUUCAUUAUGCAAUCUGGUAUACUCAAUGAACCUACAUUUAAAAUGUCCACAAAAUUAUCGCCAAUCUUGUAAUCGUUAGGAUUCAUUUCUUUCUUAUUAUUUCUUAAUCCAUCUUCGUUUUUUGUUGUAUCUUGUUUUUGGGCCACCAAAGAACCAAAUGAUGUAAUUUGAGGUAAUCCAGAACUUAUUGUUUGUUGUUGGAUUAUUUCAUAUGGUGUGUUGUUUGUAGAACCAAAUGAUGAAAUUUGAGGUAAACUGGCACUUAUUGUUUGUUGUUGAAGUAUUUCGAAAGAUGUGUUGUUUGAAGAACCAAAUGAUGUAACUUGUGGUAAAUCAGAAUUUAUUGCUUGUUGGCAUGGUGUGUUAUUUUCCCCCGUACAUGGAAUACUAUUAUUAAUAUCUGUUUGAGAGCAUGUUCUAGUUAGAGAAAUCUGAGCAUCUGACAAUGAUCUAGAUAAAUCAGUUGUAUGUACAGGAUUUACUUGGAAUACAGUACAUGCAUUUGUUUGAACACUUGCAUUAUGGGAUAAGCGUUGAGAAUCUUGGGUAUUGCUACUGCAAGCUAUUGAUGUAGUAGCUUCAUGCAAUGUAUUUCCAGAUACUGACGAGUUAUUAGUGGUUCUUGCUACUUUCAUAGGAUGCUGAUCACACAGUCUGGCAUCAAGACGAAAUAACUGAAUAGCGAUAGCGGCUGCGUCAUUGGCAGACACUACAUUAGUACACUGGAAAAAAUGUUUAAACAUAUAAUUAACAUACAUUUGGUAACUAUAACUAAAUGCAUUCAAUACAUUUAAAAAUGUUUAAAUCAAAUAAAUCAGUCAUAAUUAGAAUUGAGUUUCAAUUGAAAAAUAAGUAUUCUUACAGUUUUUUUUUUAGAUCUUUACAAUUGUAUUUAUUUACUUUUCAACGAGUAUUAGGCUAUUAUAAAAUUACUUAUAAACACUUUAUUAAAUGUAAAUCUUUUAAAAAUAAUUGUUAUUUCGUUAGUUAACAUUUUUAUUUCUAAAUCACACAAUUUGGUAGACUAGAUUUGUGUCAUAAUACAAUUACAAAUACUUUGUAUUUUAAUGACAAGUACAAGUCACCCAUUUAAAACAGUUUAUUAAUAUAAAAUCAAAACUAAAUAUGUGAAAUUGUAUUGAAUAUUAUAGAUUAUGUGUCAUUGAUUUGUUCUUAGUAGUGUUUUCUGUAGACAAAUCUGUUUUUCCUAACUUUUGAUUAUAUUUUAUUUUGUUGAUAAUUUUUUAUUUUAUAGACUAAAUUGCAGAUAAAAUACACAAGAUGCAGCAUAACUUAUUUCAAAUCAUACUCAUAUUUAAUCAAGUAUGAGAAGUUAAAUAAAAAUAAGAAACAAUUAAUAAUAGGUAUUAAUAGUAAUAACGAAAUCCUGUAAAUUAUAAAGAGAUAAAACUACCAAGAGAAAAAAUUAGUUGACUUAAAUAUUGUUUUAAAUGUUGAAUACAAAAUAUUUAAGACUUAAUCAAAGAAUAUUCUAAAUGUAUGCAAAGUUGGUAAAGUAAAUAUUACAUAAAAAUCUUACUGAUACUACCUAGUGAACAUUUUUUUAUUUUUGGUUAUUCAAUACUAAAAAAACAUAGAAAAUGCCCAUAGAUAUACUACACGAUUAAAAAAAUAUUAAUUAAAUUAAAUUAUAGAGAUGCUGUUACAAUAUAUAUUUUUUAUUUGAAGUAUCUAUCAUAAAUAAUAAGUCCCCUAUUACAUUUUACAUGCAUUUACCAAAUUAAAAUGGUUCAGUUAAUUAUGUUAGACUAACUAGAAUUUUAUAAAUAUACAAAUUUACCAAACAGUUACUUAAUGAUAACUCAGGUAGUUGAUGGUCUAUGAAGAACUAAUACACGCAUAAAGUCGGUUGAUCGAAUGUUUCACAAACUAAUUGACUUAUUGUGAUGUGUAGUAAGCCUAACAAUGAUAAAACAUAAAAUAAUUAACUUGUAUAAAACUGUCGAUGGAAAGGUUAAUUAAAAACAAGGUAUAUAUUGAAAACUGAUGAUAAAGAUAAAAAUAUAAAUAUUUUGUUGAAAUAGACAACAAUUUUUUUUUUCAGUUAAUAUAGUUUAGAUUAUGAUUUAUAAAAAAAUUUAAAUAUUAUUAUAAGUUAUAAUGAUCUUCAGGUAAACAAGAAUACUAAUUAUACAGAGUAUAAUAGGACUAUUUACAACUUGAAAUAAUUUUUGUCUAAUUCAAUAUUUUAAAUUUUUUUUAAAAUUAACUAAAUAAAAAAUUUAAAAUUUUACUAUAUUUUUUUUUUUUUAUUAAAAAAUGACAUUUACAAUCUGUAUAUAAAAAACAAAUACAAUAAGCAAAUAUGACACACAAUUUAUGACGGGAAGGGACAAUGAGAAGGGAAGCUAUUCAAUGAUAGGACCCUAUGACGUUACACCCCUAUUUUUUCCGGAAUUUCUGCCAAGUCAGCGCGCCUUUCAAAUCAGUAGGUCUCGACACCAACGUCUUUGUAGAUGACGAGGGGGAUUGUCGGGGAUUGUGACCGUGUGUUGAUUCGCGAUUAGUGGGUUGGGAUGGAGAAGUAAUUUUGAGUGGAACUUUUUGUAGUAUGUUUUAACUAGAUUAACAAAUGAUUCUAUGUUUAGGUCUUUGUGAAGGGUAGAACUAUAUUUAAAAAAAAAAAAAUUCAAGAUAUCCAUUUUGUAACAUAGAUUUUUGGUAAAUGUUUUUUUUAUGAAUGGCCAUUUAUUUUUUAUGAUUUCUUGAAGUUUUUUAAAAUGUGAAUUUAUAUUUUAUCAUAUUUAAUCAGUAAACAGAGCACGGUCAGAUAAUAGCAAAUUUAAAAAAACGAUAGAAAAAAAAAUGAUUUACAUUUUUAAAAAAUCUUACAAAGUAAAUGAUCAUCAAUAAACAAAAGUUUUAACAUUUUAUAAAAUGUUAUCUUUUAUUAGCAUCUUUAUCACUAAUACUUAAUUGUAUCUUGAAUUCUUAAAAAAAAAUAAGUAAAAUUUUAAAUUUCUUAUUGUAAUUCCUCUCACCUAAAAAAGGCGUAAUAAUAUUUUAAUUGUAGGACAGAGUUAUACUAAUCGUUAUAAAAAAACAAAUAAAGAAAAAAUGUUGAAUAAAUCAAAAGUUAUUUCAAUCGGUAAAUAGUCCUGUUACAUACAAUAUUGAUUAUAACUGGAAUGCUAAGGUAUCUAUUUAUUUAUAUCAGUACACAGAUCAAUACAUAAAUGGUGUAAGAUUCUAUUAUUUUCUUAUGGCUAAAAUCAAUUAAUUCACUUACACAAUCUAUAAAUAAGUCAAAUGAUCUUAAAUCUAAUCUAAUAUAUAUUGUAAGCAAAAUUUUGGAUGUAAUCAGAGUGCCAUCAUAUUACCUAUAUUCCUAUUUUGUAGAUAAUAUUGUAGUAGGUACGAAGUUUAAGAAUAAGUUGGUCGCUAUAUUUUGAUUUUACUGUAAAUCAAAUUUUAAUUGUCCAAAUAAUAACUAUAACGUUUAAUAAGAAAGUAACGAAGGGAUGUACGGUAAAUAACGUUAACGUUAUUCGUACAUUCUUCCUUCUCGUACAUUAAUGGAAACCGGGGGAUUUGGAAAGGUGAUGGACGGGGGAUUCGGUUACAGGCUAGGGAAACAAAAUAAGAGAAAAUCUGAAUAGAUGUAUAGAAGAAUAUAAUAUAUUUAUACACGCACCCGUUUGCUAGAAGCGCAGUAAUCGUUAACGCAUUCGUUGUUGCCACAGCCUUCCGUUAUCAAAUAGAAAUAACGUUCGAUCAACUUCUUCGCCAAAUCUCUUUUCAUGUUGACAUUGGUUUCGGAGACUCUUUGUUGCGAUAACUGAGUACCCUAUUUAUAUAUAAACACCUAUAUAAUAUAUAAACACAAAGUAAAUUUCGGUACUGAACGGAAAAAAAGAAGGACAUUUGUCUUUUAAAAUACGAACUGUGGAUUUCCGGUUAGCUGAUGAAAAGACGGAAUUCGAAUACGAAGUUGUUUAUCGGUGAUGUUGCUCGGGAAUUCAUUUCCGCGUCAUGAUUUUGUAGUCGUCCUAGUUACCGGAUGUUCUGCGGGAUCGGAACGUAUGAGCGGGUUGCUGCGUGGUAUGAACGGCCGUUGACAAAAUCCGCGCGACUGGCAGACUUCCCACCGUGAAUCAAUAUCGAAGGACCGAGUGUCCCCGUGUAAUCACUCGAAGUUUCCACUACGUCGCGAAAACAAAGAACGAAUACGCACCUAUCAAUCAGAUGUUUAGGGGGAAAUAACACGGACUAGGACACGACUGUCCGGGUACGGCGAUUACGAUUUUGACUGGCCGGCGGGUGGUGGUGGUAGCGACGACGGCAGUCGAGUGCCGACGACCACGGAACGGGAACGAACAGAAAUGAUAGUACCGCUGAAAACGAAUUUCCGAUGGGUGUGGUGGGGGCGGUGGAACAGUGUACGAGUCAUGGCGGAAAAACACGCGUUCGGUUAACCCACGAUGACGGUGCGUUAACUAGGGUUGAAAAAAAACAAAACAAAACGAAAAUUCUAGAAUCAAUCGGACCCAACGGAUCAGCUGUUUUCGGACAGAUAACGUGCACGCACAAGGUACGCGCGAAACCCGAAUCGAUGCCCGGAUCCCAUGUCACGGCGGCGUCGAGCUGCGACCGAGUGAUAAUAAUAAUACCUAUUAUGUUUGUUGUUUGAAUUUACGUGAAAAUUGAAAGUACAUUUACUGCCGUGACGAACGACUACGACAUAUUUAAUUUGGUUGAGCACGUUAUUUUCACGUGGUCAUCGUCUAACGGCGGGACAGAAUGAAAUCAAAAGUAGUUUUCAAAAGGCCGAGGAAAAAAAUCAGAUAAUUUAUACCUACUCAACAUGACGGUGAUUCGUCGAUGGGUAUCGAUUUUGCAAUUGACACGAUAAUGGUUCAAUCGUUUGUUUUUUAUGUACCAGGGACGUCGGAACAAUGGGGAUAACUGCCUCCAUAGCAAAAGUUCUCUGGGGGUUUACCCCUCGCCUUCCGCUGUAAAUUCUCCUGAAUUUAUGCGUUCCUAUUUUAAAAAUAAAUAAUAUGGGUUUCGGCAGUCCUCCAUAAUUCCAAUGUUGAAUGUACAUAUUGCAGUGGUUUCCAAACUCGACUCGUGAUGCUUUUUAUGAAUUAAGGUUUUCUUAGGGCGUCCUUGGAAAUCGUUGCAAUCUAAAACCGAUUCUGAGCAGAAUAGUAUUAGUUGUUGACAGUUGCGAUUUUUACAUUGUAUAGUCAAGGUAACCGUGCAGUAAUCAACAUAAAUAAAACCGAUGUAUGAACAAUAAUUGUCAUUUUUUUUUUAAUUUUAAGAAAAUUGUUGGAAUCAAGACGUUUUUUUUAAAAAAAUUAGAUAAGUGUCACUGGACAAAAAAUAUACAUCUUUUAAGGUACAGUGUGAAUAAUUUGAAGUAAUUUUACUAACCGAUAAAGGGUUUUUGGAUAAAAAAAAAAGGGCAGUUGCGUCACCGUUUUCGUUGUCAUGUGGAUUUCAAAUUUAUUUUUAGAUCAGUAAAUAUUUUACAUGGUGACGCGGCGCACAUUUUGGGAACCGCUGACAUACAGAAACAUUCAAAUAAUUUUUUUAACGAGUCACGAUAUGCGUAAAAUGCAAACAAGAAAGCAUUGGCGUAAUUCCACAAAAUUUCAGUAGAUGCAAAUACUCCAUUGGCCCAAUAAAUACAUAGGUAACCACUAAUAACAAAUUAUUUAUGCCACCUACAGAGUUUGAUAAUACAAUCCCAAAAAACGGACACCGGUAGACGAAUUUUUUGUCAUGCAAUUUGAACUUGGUAUGGUACAAUCAUUAUAAUCACUGAUGAACAUCAUCUAUGGUAUAUAAAUGAACAACAUUUUUUGUAUUCGGGCUCAACAAAUCAAUCUAAAAGCUAUCGAGUUAAUACAUAAUGAUAACAUUAUAUCGCAAUCGAAUGAUGACUAUUAUUAUUUCAAAUUGUACAGUUUUUCUUUUGAUUCUGAGCGAAGCGAGGAAUGUAUUAGUUUUACAUUGGUGAAUUUUUUUUUUGUCUGCAAAUCACUUUUAUAUCUGUAAUUUUACUCCAAUCAAAAAUUGUAAGGGAACGUUUUUUGAUGUAUUAGGGAUAUCAUUUUUGUAUUUUCCUUGUAGUUUUCUUAACGAAUGAGAAAGACUGGCAACUUUCAAAAUAUGUUUUGUUGAUUUAUAGGUUACCCCGGCAACAAAGGAAAAAAUACAAUUAUAAAAUAAUACUUUGCUCAAAAUCAUUUUUCGUUAUACAUAAAUAUGGUUUAUAGUUGUUUUCAUAUAGGUAUAAAUUAAAUUAAUAUAUAGAUAUAUUAUAAAUAUAUAACUCCCCUCUUAAGACACUAAAAAAAUGGUACAUCUAUGAUCCGUAUCAGAUUUUUAUCAUUUUUUUCAUUAUUAGGUAUGUAUAAUAUACUUUUAUUACAGUUUACAUAUAUUUAUAUAUAUUUCGAGUUUACCUUUGGGGUAGUUUAUAAUCACCAAUAUCUUUGCAUCCGUUAGAUAAUUACAGGGGUUGCAAGUGCAUCGUCGUUGACCCAUGUAAUUACGCUACUGUGAGAAAAGAUGGUUGGUCCUUUAUUUUGCAUUUCUUGGGUCAU